AUGUCGUACACCAUUCCUCUUAUAAAAUUUGUUGCAUUUUUGGAUUUGCUUGCAGUUGGUCUUAUAGUGCCAUUGAUUCCUAGUCAUGUACGGCAACUGGGGGCAAGUCAUAUCUAUGUGGGAAUUCUGGGUUCUGUUUACUCUGGAUUUCAAUUGGGUUCAGGUCCAUUAAUUGGUAGUUUAAGCGACUUAAAAGGAUGUAGAAGUAUACUAAUUUACACAUUGGUAAUAUGUGGAGCUGCCUAUUUCUGUAUGGGCUUCACAACAUCAGUUGCUGUUAUUAUUGUUUUACGAGCAGUUUUAGGAUUAUUUAAACAGACUCAGUUACUAACAAAAGCUUUGGUUCCUGAAUAUGAGAAGAAUGAGAAACAGCAAUCAGCUAUCUUUGGGAAAAUGGCUGCUAUAUCAGGAAUGGGAAUGACACUGGGGCCCAUUAUUGGGGGACAUAUGGCUGAAGAUUUUCCUGAAAAGGGUUUUUUAUAUAUUUCAAUUAUAGUCGCUAUGUGCUUUAUUCUUAAUGCAGGUUGUGUGUUUUUGCUACCACAAGCUAUUAUAAAAAAAAAGAGUAAAGCAGAUGAGAAGAAACAGUCUGAUCAAAAUGUUUUUCAAAAGAUCUAUAACAAUAGUAAGGAGUCUGCACUUGAAUUAUCUAAAGUAGACUGGUCACAAUAUUGGGAGGUGUUUAUUUUUAAGGCACUGCUAGGAAAUGCUGUAGGCCGAUUAGUUACUUUAGAAAUGAUUUUAAGAAAAAGUGAUAGGGAGCACAAGGGUACAUUAAUAGGUGCUUCAAAUAGUGUAGCCUCUUUAUCUGGUGUCAUGUCACCAAUGGCUGCAGGACUUAUUGGUCAGUACUUAGGAGUUAAAUAUGUUAUAUAUGCAUCGCUAUGCUCAAAUGUUUUAGCACUUAUUUUAAGUUACAGAUAUAAAAGCAGACAUGUUAAAGUGGAUUAA